AUGACGUCAAAUGGCUUCCACGUCGUCGGGGCGGCUAAGAUGGCGGCGGCGGAGGGGAGCGGGGUUGGGGGGAUUCUGUUCCCAGGUCUGGCAGAUGUGUCCAUAUCCCAGGAUAUUCCAGUGGAAGGGGAGAUCACUGUUCCUGUGGGAUCUCACUCUCCUGAUGAGGAUUACUCCACACUGGAUGAGCCAGUCAAGGACACAAUUAUGAGGGACCUGAAGGCCGUUGGGAAGAAGUUUGUCCAUGUCAUGUAUCCUAGGAAGAGCAGCAUGCUCCUCAGGGACUGGGAUCUUUGGGGCCCAUUGGUGCUGUGUGUGUCCCUGGCUCUGAUGCUGCAGGGUGGCUCUGCAGACAGCAAGGAUGACGGAGGGCCCCAGUUUGCCGAGGUCUUUGUCAUCAUCUGGUUUGGGGCCAUUGUCAUCACACUCAACUCGAAGCUUCUGGGAGGGACCAUCUCCUUCUUCCAGAGCCUGUGUGUGCUGGGGUACUGCGUGAUGCCGCUGACCGUGGCCAUGCUGGUGUGCAGGCUGGUGCUGCUGGCGGGUGCGGGCACUGUCAGCUUCAUCAUCCGCCUCGUCGUGGUGGGGGCCAUGUUCAGCUGGUCCACCUUGGCAUCCACGGCGUUCCUGGCGGACAGCCAGCCCCCCAACCGCAAGGCACUCGUUGUGUACCCCAUCUUCCUCUUCUACUUUGUCAUCAGCUGGAUGAUCCUGACCUUUACUCCCCAGUGAGUACUAUGCUGAGGGACUGGUACACGGACUGGACUUUUUCAUGGAUGCUGCAGUGAAUCCUUGGCUUUAUCUCUUUCUAAUUUAUAUAUAAGGAUACUGUAAAAAGGCAGGUUGUGGGACAAAGCCAGAGAGCUGCAAAAAGUGCUCAUUUGUGUGUCCCUCUUUGUGAAAGAUACUGAGGUCCAGCUGCUGAGAGGUUUAUUUAGCCCUGUUCUGUAUUGGUGUUAAAUAAACAAUGCACACUGGGACAGGGGAUGUUCCAUCUGAGGAGAGAGCGAGAGAUCCUGGAUUUUCAAGCUGUUGGGAGAUGAAGUUUGCAUGACUUGGCAGAUUUCCUGCCUCUGCUUGGAUUCUCAAUGAAGAUAAAAAUGCAUUAUCAAACCAUAGAACUUCACUGCAAUGAUGUGUGGAGAGGAAAGAGACGUGUCUGACUCCUUUUCAUUCUCUUGUAGAGUGGUGGGAUGCACACCCAGGGCAUUGAGGGACUGGGGCUUUCCCAGGAAAGGAGAGUUCAGUCAAAACUCAGUUGAGUCUCUUUGUAGGUGUUAUAAAUGAGAGGACCAAAUUCGAUAAAUCAAAAUUUGGAAUUUUAUUGAGAGACAAAAUAACAGUCUCGGACAGCCACAAUUAAAAGGACAGCGUCGAGCCCGGGUUGCCGCUGGGUGAACAACGAUAACACACUCUGCCAGUCUGUUAUCCCCAAGUUCACAUUUUUGGUUUGCAGCAGUCUCUUUUUAUACACUGGAUCGCGGAGAGAGGCUCGGGAUGUCGAAAGUCCUCCCUCCGAGGCAUCUUCAUUAAACAUGCAGGUUUUAGUUCUAAGAGUCUGAAUGGAUCAGCCGAGGAGGACAAUGCUGUUAAUGGUCGGGUCCAGGUGUGGUGUGGAGAUGUUAAUUCCAGACAGAGACCAUCUAGAUACGGAUCUGAUACAAUCAUCGGGUCCUCCAGGCUAUCAUCCCCGUUUUCCAUUGCCUUUUGUUUCUUUUCAACGAUUCCUGGCAGUGACAGUCUUCUGUCCUCCUUUCUGGUAAUUCCAAUCAAGCUUUCCUUGUGUCCCUCCCAUGCCUUUUCAGGCUAGAGAAAUUCUUGCAUUUUAUUAAGCCACCUUCCCCCGAGUUAACUCACAAAAUGCUAUUUUAAACUAAACUUAACUUCCAACAUGCUAGUUUAUACAGAACUUAUACAGUUUGUAUUACAUUUUAUAUUCUAUUAACAUGAAUUAACUUUAGAACAUAUGUUACAUUCCUUUUUAAUGAUUCCCAGCAGAGGCAUGUUUGUGUCUCCCUCCUGGUAAUUCUAAUCAUGUUUUGUCUCGUAUCCCCCCCCCCCCCCCUUGUCUUUUCAGGCAAGAGAAAUUCCUGUACCUUUACUGAGCUGCUUUCUUCUGAGUUAACUCAUAGCAUAUUGGAUUAAAACAAAACUUAUAGGGAUGGUAUUACAUUUUAUAUCUUUUAACACGAAUUAACUUUAGGACAUAUAUCACAUAGGGAAUUGGAGCUGGUGGCAAGGAGUUGCUUUUGCUCAUAUCCAUGUAUUGUGUGUGUCCAUCCCUUCAUGUGGCAGGAAAGAGGGUUCCACCUUGGUGCCUGCAGCACUGCAUCCAUGAGAGGACUGGGCUCACGGCAUGUUACAGACCUGUGACCACAGGGAACAAAGCUCAGAGUCCUGCAGAAAUGCUGACUGCUUUGUAGCAGGGACCAGGCUCUCACUCUGCAUUUGGGAAGUGAAAAUUCCUUGGAAAGUACCAUGAAUGUGUAUGUAUGAUAAUAACAAGGGGUUCUGUGCAGGAAGUUGAGGCUUUGCUGCACAGGCUGUUUGGGUCUGAAAAACCAUACCAGGGUUUGGGCCCCAAAGUGUUAAAAACAGUUUAAAGGAAGGGAAGUAAAUGGUACUAGAGGUGUUGGUUGCUCUGAAGCAGGAUAUGAAUUCUGCUCUCACCUGCCUCUGUGUGACUGUUUGUUGAGGGUUAAGUUUCCUGUAGAAUUUUUCCCCCCCCCAUAAGUUGCUAGGAGACUAAAUACUGUUAGUUAAAGGGUGCUUGACCCGGACAAAAGGGAGUUGAUCACUUAGUUUUGGGGGAGAAAAAAAAGCUCCCAGAGAGCUGAGGGUGGGGGGGCUCGCUGCUCUCGGCUUCCAGGGAGCACGGUCGGGCGACUGGUAGCUGCCUGGAGUCCACGGUUAACGGAGGGGUCUGGUCCUGGGAAUUCUAUCAUCUGUUGGAGCGCCCAGGAAUUCGGAGUUUCUUCACUGCCCUGCUGGAUUUUGGGUGAGACCGGGUCCAGCCGCUGCGGGUUCUCCGGCACUGCCCACUUCGUCUGCCAGGGCACCCCCCUGCCUGCGGAGGACAAUCCACCGCUUUCCAGCCAUCAGCGCUGGAGUUUUCACCGUUUGCCCCUCGGGGUUCUUGGUUCUGUUUUACUAUUAUUAUAAUUGCUGUUGUUGUUUGUCUGUCCUAUUAUAGUUACUAGUAAAGGACUGUUAUUCCUUUCCUCAUAGCUCUGACUGAAAAGGUUUUUUUUAAUCUUCCAAAUUAAAAUAACACGGAGGGAAGGAUUUAAAUUCAUCAUUCCUAGAGAGGCCUGCCUCUCCUUAGCAGACACCUGUCUUUUCAAACCAAGACACUGUUCCUUUGGUUGUUAACGGGGACAGCAAAGAAAUGUGUGCGAACGUGCAUUCUGUUCCCUUGUACUUCCAGUGAGAUGUCAGACACUGUUCUGUGGGUUUAGUGGGGUUUUAAUUUUGCUUAAUACUUUAAUGAAAGGGAGAGGGCUCCUCCUGCAGGUUCAUCGUGUACCUCUCCUGGGUACAUGUGUGCAAGAGUCAGGUGUCUUGGCACAGACACUGGGAGCUGGGACUUGCUUUUGGAAACUACAGAAAUGAUUCCUGUUGUCUGUUGUUCUCAGUCAGCAAUCCAUGAAAUAUCUGGGGUGAAAAAGCUGCUGUAAAAUGUCCUUUUUCCUACAUUUGUGCAGACUGAAACUGAGGUCUGUGGGUUCUGCUGAGGUGUGAAUGUGCCUAAUUUCUAGUUAUAUGUGCAAGAGCAAUCUGUGCUGUAAACACUGGCGAUGGGUGGGAGUUGGGAUGGAAAAUGCUGAAUUUCAGAUUAAAAGUGCAAUUUUGCAUUUGUGGAUGACAAGCUGCUGUGUUGUGUGGCAGGGCCUGGCUGUGGCACCAAGGGGCUGGAGGGGAGCUGUGGUGGUUUGUAGACAUAGGAACCAUGAAAAGGGGAAAUUUUAGGCUUCCAUUAAAUUAUUGCUGGUAUGUGUUGUGGUUUCAGGCAGAUUUUGGGAGAAACCCUCCCACAGGGCCCCCCUCUCCUCCCCCAACCGGUUUGGGAAAAGACUUCCUCAGAGAGAAGUGGAAAAAACCUGUUUAUUAAACAGGCAAAGCACUCCCAGCACAAUACCCGAUGACAAGAGCUUCAUGCCGCUUACGGAGGGAUAACAAACUUAAAGUAAGAAAGUCUCCUCUUGAAGAUAGUCACUGUGCUCCACCACUCCGUCUCUGCUGGCACUGGGAGAAAAGGAGAUGUGCAGGGCUGGUCUUGGUGGGGUGGGUCCCCCGUGGAGGCCCCUGGUGCUUCCUCCAGGUCCUUAGUCCAGAGAGAUUGAAACAGUUCUGAGGAGAGGGCAAAAAAAGGAAAAAAAAGGAAAAAAAAAAAAAAAAAAAAAAAAGGAAAAAAAAAGCUUCAGCUAUUCUACAGCAUCUAAAUACGCUAGCACUAAACAAACUCCCGGGGAAAAAAACAACAGAGCUUCUUUCGUCUUGCAGUGUUCCAACUCCCCCGCUUCAAGGUCACUCCAAGGAGCAGAGUUUUCCUGGGGAAAAACAAACCGCGCUUCCCCUCCCCUUUGCACCCAAUAGACGAUUGGGGGAUACACAAUCACCCUAGGACAGUAUGGAAUGUGGUUUUUCUUUUACGUGUGCAAUUUUUCUUUCAUUUAAAUGUUAGUUCAGCUUUUUGAAGCUGAAAAGAAGUAUUCAAAGGAAGUAGAUGAUAAAGCUGUUGAUGGCUAUGGUGGGAUUCCUUGAGCCAAAUCUUUCUGUCCUACAAGAAUUUAACCACACUUUCAAAGAAAUCCUUGGAUUCUCUCUGGGUCUUGUGACUUGAGCUGUUCUAUCUGAAGGAUAAUUGGAGUAGCAUUUAAUUGAUCCAGUAAUAUUUUGAAAUUUUUUACAUGACUUCAGAAAGUCAGAAAGCCCAAACUGGGCUCAAACCAAACUGGUUUCCUCAGCCGCUCCUGGAGGUCCUGCAGAGCCCCUGCUGUGACAGAACCAGUCAUCCCUCAGCGAGAGGGUGGUCCCAAAGCCAACAGGACAUGGGCACAUUAAACACAACCAAACCAUUUUGUUUCAGGGAAACAAAAUGCCUCAAGCUUGUUUGAAAUUUGCAGAUGCCUAGAAUUAAUGCAGCUGAUAGUCCCUUAAAGUGCUGGUGUCACCUGUGAGUGCUGAGUGUUCCCUGAAUGUCCCUCAUCCUGUCCAGCCAGGUGUGCAGCACAUCCCUCCCAAGGGCCCUGCGGGGGAGUGAUCCCUGUCACCACAACAGAGAGGUUUAAUUUGUGCUGGAAAUGUCUGUGGUAAGAACUGUUGUGCUUUCCAGGGGGAAAGGCCUUUCCUUGUUUAAAGCUGCUGGGGAUGGGCAGCAAGGAGAAGCAGCUGUGUUGCUUAUAAUGGAGUGUAUGAACUGCUCUACAGAGAAAUGGCUGAUCUUCCAAUGCACAAACCAGGGUUUCUUUCCUACUAGGAUUUUUUUAAUACUGUUUAUCAGCAGAAGUUGUUGUAUAUGUUUAAUUUUGAUCUGUUUAAUACCAAUAAAAAGGAAAAUUAUUUGUUUUAACUUGAAAAGUUCAAACAGGCAGAAAGUCACAUGGGCAAUGUGAUAUGUGGAUGGAAGCUCUGUGCUCUCUGUACCUGUGGAACCUGCAGUACCAGGAGCUCCCCUGGCCUGGCUGAGGCAGGAGUGGGGAAGCUCCCCAGUCCCCACCUCGUGUCCCCUGGCCCCACAUGGAGAGCAGGACAUGGGCCACACGUGCCAGAGCCCUGAUGCUGAGCCAGAACAUCGCCCUGCCCAGGCUCGGAUCCUGCUGGUGCUAACAGACUGGUCAGGGAAGGAGCAGUGGUGCUGGUGUACCCCAAAAUCAGGGUUCCAGUGGCUUCAGGGCUGGGAGGUCUCAGCUGGGAGGCCACCCAAGGGACCUGUGUGUGCCUCAGCGGUGCUGGCCAGGGAUCACCGGUGGCUGAACGAGGGAGGGGCAAUGGGGGAGCAGAAACCUGGUAGGAAAAGGCCUGAUAGGUGAAUGGAUAUUAAGGCCCAUCCCUGACUGCCUAAUGAACCAAUAGCAAUUAAACACAUUCCUGAGCCAUACCAGGAUCUGAGGCAGUGGCUAGGAAGGAGUUUGUCCAUGCUCUCGCGCUGUGCUGCGGGCUGACAAUAAGGACGUCCAUAACAUGAUCCUGGGGAGCCUUGGCCCGGAGCUGGUGGCAGCAGGGACAUACUGCCCCUGGGCCGAGCAUGGGCUGUGGGGCUGGGGAAAGCCACCAUGGCCCGGUGGUCACCAGAGGGCGGCAGGACCGCGCCGACCCUGGCAGCCUUUUGCAGUUUAGUUGUCACCUCCCUGUGGUUCUGGGGAGCACAGCCGGGGGACCGGGCUCGCAGGCAGCCCCAGGAGGUGAGGUGUGACCUGCCAGCUUCAGCCGCCACCGCCAGCCACC